AUGGAUAUGUUUCGAAAAAAAGAUGAAAAGCCCCAAAAGAUUUCAAAGGAAAGGAUAUCGCAGCCUAGAACGAACGGUAGUGACGGGUCAGUUCCCUGGAACCGAGCAUUUCAACCACAAGCGUACGGCCAUAAUGAUUCUGCGCAAGGUAAUACUGGGGGCGUAUCCAGUCAAUCUAAUUUGACCCAUGGCGAUCAGGCACCUCAUGGCUUCUCCAGUGAUACUCAGUACGCACGUGCUGAGGCGCACAACCAUGCAUCCAGUAGCUUCAGCCCGAUAGCCAGUCCUCACCGUCAAGCAAACAGGGCUCCUCCACGACCAGCACGUCCCCAGCAGCCGUUUAUGAAUGCCUCCAUGGCCGGUCAAUCUAGCGCUACCGGUAUGCCCACAAGCCAGGAUCAUACUCUCCCUACCAAACGCAAUAGUGGAAGUCCCAAUCCAUCCAGGCCUUCCUCAGCUCAUGUUAGAGCCCCCUCUGUUAACGCUCCCCCAAACAACACGGCAGUUAUCUCCCAACGUAACUCUCGUGGCUCUCUUGAUUCUAACGGUAGUCGUCACUCCUCACCCCCAUCCUCUUCUGACGAAAAUCCUUUUAAAUAUCAUGACGGUAGGUACGACAGUAUUCUUAAAUAA